GUUUUGCAACUUCAGAUUCAGUCUCCAGUAGACUUGUAGGGUUUCUGGGGCUAUUCUCGUCAUGUACCUCUACAGCCUCACCCUACAAAGAGCCACAGGUGUUGUCUGUGCCACCAAUGGGAACUUCGUUGGUGGGAAAUCUCAAGAGAUUGUUGUGGCAAGAGGUAAAGUUCUUGAUCUUUUGCGACCUGACGAGAAUGGCAAGAUCCAGACUAUUCUCUCCGUGGAGGUCUUUGGUGCUAUCCGCUCUUUAGCCCAGUUUAGAUUAACUGGUUCUCAGAAAGAUUACAUCGUCGUUGGCUCCGAUUCCGGUCGAAUAGUGAUACUCGAGUAUAACAAAGAGAAGAAUGUUUUCGAUAAAAUCCAUCAAGAGACUUUUGGGAAAUCGGGUUGUCGUCGCAUUGUUCCGGGGCAGUACCUGGCUGUUGAUCCCAAGGGCCGUGCGGUAAUGAUUGCAGCUUGCGAGAAGCAGAAGCUCGUUUACGUAUUGAACAGGGAUACUGCUGCGAGGCUGACCAUUUCUUCACCUUUAGAAGCCCAUAAGUCUCACACCAUUGUGUAUUCCGUUUGUGGUGUGGAUUGCGGUUUUGACAACCCCAUUUUCGCUGCGAUUGAGCUCGAUUACUCUGAAGCUGAUCAGGAUUCGACUGGGCAGGCAGCAAACGAGGCUCAGAAACACCUUACUUUCUAUGAGCUAGAUCUUGGCCUUAACCAUGUCUCCAGAAAAUGGUCGGGACCGAUUGACAAUGGCGCCAACAUGCUCGUCACGGUUCCUGGUGGUGGGGAUGGCCCUAGUGGUGUCCUUGUCUGUGCUGAGAAUUUUGUUAUUUAUAAGAACCAAGGCCACCCUGAUGUUCGGGCUGUUAUUCCUAGACGAGCUGAUUUACCGGCUGAGCGUGGGGUGCUUAUAGUAUCUGCUGCUACUCACAGGCAGAAAUCCAUGUUCUUCUUUUUGUUGCAGACAGAGUAUGGGGAUGUAUUUAAGGUCACACUAGAACACGAAAAAGACCACGAAAAUGAACGUGUUACAGAGCUGAGGAUUAAGUAUUUUGAUACAAUGCCAGUUACCGCCGCAAUGUGUGUUCUGAAAACUGGGUUUCUAUUUGCUGCUUCAGAGUUUGGGAAUCAUGCUUUGUAUCAGUUUAAGGCGAUAGGAGAUGAUGCGGAUGUGGAAUCUUCAUCAGCUACACUAAUGGAAACGGAAGAAGGUUUCCAACCUGUAUUCUUCCAGCCUAGGGGUCUUAAGAAUCUUGUGAGAAUUGACCAAGUUGAGAGCUUGAUGCCAGUCAUGGACAUGAAGGUUAAUAAUCUCUUUGAGGAAGAGACCCCUCAGAUUUUCACACUUUGUGGUCGAGGCCCUCGUUCUUCUUUGCGGAUAUUGAGACCAGGUUUAGCCAUCAGUGAGAUGGCUGUAUCCCAACUCCCUGGUAUUCCAAGUGCUGUUUGGACAGUGAAGAAGAAUUUGAAUGAUGAAUUUGAUGCUUACAUUGUUGUCUCAUUCGCUAAUGCAACCCUUGUGCUUUCAAUUGGUGAGACGGUUGAAGAAGUUAGUGAUAGUGGGUUUCUUGACACUACGCCAUCUCUUGCUGUUUCUCUGUUAGGAGACGAUUCUCUAAUGCAAGUUCAUCCCAAUGGUAUUAGGCAUAUAAGAGAAGAUGGGCGUAUUAAUGAGUGGAAAACUCCAGGGAAAAGGACGAUUGUGAAGGUUGCCUCCAAUAGGCUUCAAGUGGUCAUUGCUCUAAGUGGAGGGGAGCUUAUCUAUUUUGAGAUGGACAUGACAGGUCUGUUGAUGGAGGUUGAAAAACAUGAAAUGUCGGGUGAUGUAGCUUGUCUAGACAUUGCUCCAGUACCUGAAGGACGGCAGAGGUCUCGUUUCCUUGCAGUUGGGUCAUAUGACAAUACGAUCCGCAUCCUAUCUUUGGAUCCUGAUGAUUGUAUGCAGGUUUUGAGUGUGCAGAGUGUGUCGUCUCCUCCAGAGUCUCUCCUCUUACUCGAAGUGCAGGCAUCUAUUGGUGGGGAGGAUGGUGCUGAUCACCCAGCUAGUGUUUUUCUUAAUGCAGGUUUACAGAAUGGUGUUCUGUUCAGAACUGUAGUUGAUAUGGUGACUGGUCAGCUUUCCGAUACCCGUUCCCGCUUCUUAGGACUGCGAGCCCCCAAACUUUUCUCUUGUAUUGUGAGAGGAAGGCGGGCGAUGCUUUGCCUGUCGAGCCGGCCUUGGCUUGGUUAUAUUCAUCAAGGGCAUUUCUUGUUGACUCCCCUUUCAUAUGAAACUCUUGAAUAUGCUGCCUCAUUUUCAUCUGAUCAGUGUGCGGAAGGUGUUGUUGCUGUUGCCGGGGAUGCAUUAAGAGUUUUCACAAUUGAGCGGCUGGGAGAGACAUUCAAUGAAACUGUGAUACCUCUGAGAUAUACUCCAAGAAAGUUUGUCUUUCACCCCAAGCGGAAACUGUUGGUUACGAUUGAGAGUGAUCAGGGGGCAUUUACUGCAGAAGAGCGUGAAGCUGCAAGAAAGGAAUUCUUGGAGGCUGCUGGAAUGGGGGAGAAUGCAAAUGGUAAUUUGGAACAGAUGGAAAAUGGUGGUGAUGAUGAGGAUAAGGAUGAUCCUCUUUCUGAUGAGCAGUAUGGCUAUCCAAAGGCCGAGUCAGACAAGUGGGUGUCUUGCAUCAGAGUUCUUGAUCCAAGGAGUGCAAGCACAACCUGUUUGUUAGAGCUGCAGGAUAAUGAGGCGGCAUUUAGUAUCUGUACUGUAAAUUUUCAUGACAAGGAAUAUGGAACUCUCUUGGCAGUUGGUACAGCAAAAGCAUUGCAGUUUUGGCCCAAGAAAAGAUUUACAGCAGGAUUCAUUCAUAUCUAUAGAUUUGUGGAGGAUGGGAAAUCCCUUGAACUUCUGCACAAGACGCAAGUAGAGGGCAUUCCUCUUGCUUUGUGCCAAUACCAAGGAAGAUUACUUGCUGGCAUUGGACCUGUACUCAGAUUAUAUGAUCUAGGGAAGAGGAGAUUGCUUAGAAAAUGUGAAAAUAAGCUUUUCCCCAACACAAUUAUCUCUAUUCACACAUACCGUGACCGGAUUUAUGUUGGUGAUAUCCAAGAGUCAUUCCAUUACUGCAAGUACAGACGGGAUGAGAAUCAACUUUAUAUAUUUGCAGAUGAUUGUGUUCCCAGAUGGCUUACAGCAUCCCACCAUAUAGACUUUGACACCAUGGCAGGUGCCGACAAGUUUGGAAAUGUGUACUUUGUGCGUUUACCCCAGGAUGUCUCAGAUGAGAUUGAGGAAGAUCCAACUGGAGGGAAGAUAAAGUGGGAGCAAGGUAAGCUGAAUGGGGCUCCGAAUAAGGUAGAGGAGAUUGUACAAUUCCAUGUGGGUGAUGUGGUCACAUGCUUGCAGAAGGCAUCCCUCAUACCAGGGGGUGGUGACUGCAUCAUUUAUGGGACUGUCAUGGGCAGCUUGGGAGCUUUGCUUGCUUUCUCAUCCAGGGAAGAUGUUGACUUCUUUUCUCAUCUGGAGAUGCAUAUGAGGCAGGAGCACCCACCUUUGUGUGGCAGAGAUCACAUGGCCUUCAGAUCGGCUUACUUCCCAGUGAAGGAUGUGAUUGAUGGAGAUCUGUGUGAACAGUUCCCCACGCUGCCUGCAGAUAUGCAGAGGAAGAUUGCUGAUGAACUGGAUAGAACUCCGGGGGAGAUACUGAAGAAACUUGAAGACAUCAGGAAUAAGAUCAUAUGAGAAGCAUGUCUACUAGGCCUCCUGAUCUGACAGAAAUGUUAGCACUUAUUAUCUUGGUGCUCUAUGUAUACUACUGAAAUUACUUAAACAACCCGAGCACAGCAGGUGGAUUCGAGUCCAAUUACAAGCGAAAAUCAUUUGAUAUCAGUUGUUUUGACCCUUUGACUCUUGCAUGUAUUUUUUUUUUCUAAUCAUUCAGUAAAAUGGUUAUUUCUUCAGUAUGUACAAGUGAUAUGGGAAGGUUUUGUUCA